AUGACGUCGAGCACGACUUUUGUUUUCGUCCCUGGUGCGUGGCACCCGGCGUCCGCGAUUGACCCAGUCGCGAAGCCGCUGAGUGCCGCCGGGUACGCGGUGAGGGGCGUCGACCUCCCCAGCGUCGGUGCGGAGCCGCCGCUGGACGGCUUCGGGCCAGAUGUCGACGCGAUCAGCAAGGUGAUCGCGGAGGAGGCGGACAAGGGCCAGGACGUCGUCCUUUUCAUGCACAGCUAUGGCGGCGUCGUCGGCACGGAGGCGUGCCGCGGCCUGGGGGGGAAGGACAGGGAGGCCGCCGGGAAGAAGGGCGGCGUGAUCAGGCUGAUCUACUGCACUGCCUUUAUGGUGGGCGAGGGAGUGUCUCUGAUGGAUAUGCUCGGUAACCAGCCGUUGCCGUGGUUCAUUAUCUCGGACAGUGAGACUCGCGUGAAACCCAACACGCCCGAGGAGAUUUUCUACAACGAUCUCAGUGCCGACGAGGCGAAGAAAUCCAUCGACACUCUGAAGCAUCACAGCUACAAGGCCUUCGCUACCAAGCUCACUUACCCCGCGUAUAAGCACAUCCCGACGACUUAUCAUCUCUGCAAGAAGGAUAAUGCUAUCCCGUUGUUUGUGCAGGAGAAGAUGGUCGAGGAUGGAAGGGCUUUGGGUGUAACUAUCGAAACGGAGACAUUUGAUGCAUCCCAUUCGCCCUUCCUGAGCCUGCCGAAUGAGGUUGUCGCUUCUUGCAGAAAGGCUGCCGGUGAGAGCCAAUAG